AAACGCCGAGAAGAGUUCGUGCUGCGCCUGAAGAGCCCCGAACUGCUGAGCUUGGUGGAGCUCAUCCUGGCGGAAUCGGAAAGCCGAUCCACGAACCCCAAGGAGACCGGCUGUUCGGUCACCCAGUCCCGGCUGCCGCUGCUCCUGAGUUGCUGCCAUGGGAACAUGCGGAGGAUCCAGAAAGUCACCGAGCACCUGAUCUCCUCCAUCCAGAAGUGGGGAAAGAGCUCCAUGGGAAGACGCUGCCAAGAUCUCCUGCUACAAAUGUACCUUCAGCUGCCGGAGCUCUUGGUACCGAGGCCCGAGACUCUCUUGUCCUGCGAAGGGGCCACCGACAGCAGCCUCUGCAAGGUAACGUUGCUCUGGUUGGGCACAGAAGUUUGGGCAACGGAGUCCUGCGGGGUUUUUUUGUGUUGCUCUCCCCAAGUUUAGAA